AGAAAAAAAUAAGAGAAGAGGAAGAAGACUCGACUUAGGGCUCUUCAUAGUAGUAUCAUCUGUUUUAGUGUUUAAAUUAAAUCCUGCUGACUUUCAAAGAAGCUUAUGUCUAUAACGUGAGUGUGUCAUUCGGAGGGCAGUAAUAUACCCACAAGAAGAAGAAGAAGAAGAAGACGCGUAUGGACUUAGCUUAGCAUGCUAGCUGGAACACAACAAAGCGACAAAGCUAACGCCAGAUAGGCUACUAUUUUAUUUGUUGUUCGGUGUGUGUGUUUAGAAAAAGCUGCUCUGCUCGUGUGUUGAAGAUGUCUAAAGUGAAAACACUGAGAUCUUUCGUCAACCAGAGACUGACUGCUGCUGCUGAGGAGAUAUUUGAUCUGUUUGAAGGAACCAUAGCAGAGUACGAGGAGCAAAUUCGUCGAUCAAAAGAGGAAAACGAGCGACAACACAAACUGCUGGAUGCCGUUUACAACCCGGAAGUCCGCUUACACAAAUAUGAGGUCCAGCAGCUGUUGUCGGGUGGAGAGGAGGUUCCCUCUGAGCAGAAGGAGAGGGGCUCCAGUCUGGACCAGGAGGACCCACCAGAACCACCACACAUUAAAGAGGACCAGGAGGAGCUCUGGAGCAGUCAGGAGGGAGCGCAGCUCCAAGGACCAGAGGAGGCUGAUAUCAGCCCGUUUGUAUUCACUCCUGUCCCUGUGAAGAGAGAAGAUGAUGAUGAAGAGGAACCUCAGUCCUCACAGCUUCAUGAAAUCCAAAUUGAAGAGAGGAGAGACACAGAGCAUUUGAAAGCAGACGCCCACAGGGAGGACUGUGGAGGACCAGAACCAGACGGAGACUUUAAUCCACACAGUGAUUUACAGCCAGUUUCUCCUGACAAGACUUCACACUCUGACUCUGAGGACAAUAACGGUCUUUGGGAUUGGGACAAGACCUUUAAAACUAUGAGUGACAUUGUUUAUGGUCCUGGAACAACAUCUCUACACUCCUCUGAAUGUGCUACAAGCUUUGGACAACAUGAACAUCCACAAGAAAACAUAGAAAUAAAAAGAGAAGUGAGACUAUUCAGUUGCUCAUUUUGUGGUAAAAGAUAUAUGCGGAGAGCCUUCCUAAGAAAACAUUUGAAAUGUCACUCGGCGGAGAAUUGUUUCCGCUGCUCCAUUUGUCAAAAAAGUUUUAAAUUGAGAGGAAUGCUUCUGGCACACAUGAGAAUCCACACAGAAGAGAAACCCUUCAGUUCCUCUGUCGGUGGUACAAGGUUCUCAGUAAAGUCAAAUUUAAACUCAGACUUAAAUACUCACACAGGAGGAAAACUUCAUGCCUGUUCUGUUUGUUCAGGAAUCCAUACAGGGGAGAACUGUGUUUGCUCAGUGUGUGGUAAAAAGAUUAAAAAGUACUCUCUAAAGCGACACAUGAGGAUCCACACGGAAGAGAAACGCGUGAUUUGUUCAGUUUGCGGGAAAAGAUUUCAAGAACAUGGAGAUCUCAAACGCCAUUUGCUCAUCCACAAAGGAGAGAAAGCCUUUAGUUGUUCACUUUGUGGGAAAAGCUUCACACUAAAAGGAAACUUGAAACGUCACCUGUUGGUACACACAGGAGAGAAACCGUAUGGUUGUUCAAUUUGUGGGAAAAGGUAUGCAGAAAAUAAACAGCUGAAAUGCCACCUGACUGUCCACGCAGGAGAGAACCUGUUUGAGUUGCCGUCGUUGUGAUGACAGAUUUACUUGGCUUGAUGGUCAAAAAACACAAAUGUUGUGUGUUUGCUUUUUCUUAGAAUCAAGGACAGAAACACAACUUUUCUGUGUUUGUUUUUUUUUUUUCAAGGGCGUUUUUUUGGCAGGAACGUUUUAAAGCUGUGCUUCUCAAAAAAUGUGCCAAAAGUCUAUUAAGUGCUUUUUAAACAUGUUUGUUUUGUUAUGUAUCUUUGUUCUGUCACAUGUUUUGUACCGUCUGAGGUCCAAACCUCAUGAUUCCUCAUUAAAUAAAUCUGAUUGGUUGAAAAAUAUCAGAAA